AUGCCGCCACGAGCGCCUCUACCGCACACGGCCCACCUGCCGCCUCAAACUACGCAGCCCGCCCCACAAUCGGCCGCCGCAGACGCCCUGUCGGUCAUCCUCGUCACGGGCAGCUACGACGGCACGGUUCGGUACUGGGAGGCGUGGUCGGGCAUCUGCAGCCGCACGAUCCAGACUCAAGAUCAUCAACCCAAUCGCCUCGCCAUCUCGCCCGACAAGCGCUUUCUCGCCGUCGCAGGCGUCGGCACCGUCAAGCUGUACGACAUUGCCGCGAGCGCCGCCGCAAGCAGCGGCAACAUCGCGCCGCUCGUGACCCUGACCGGGCACACGGCCAACGUGACGAGCUUGGCGUGGCACGCCGAGGCCAAGUGGCUCGUCAGCGGCAGCGAGGACGGUACGGUCAAGAUCUGGGACGUCCGGACCGCGACGCCGCAGCGCAACUAUGCGCAUCACGCACCCGUCAACGACCUCGCGCUUCACUCGAACCAGGGCGAGCUCAUCUCGUGCGACCAGAACGGCGCCAUCAAGGUGUGGGACCUCGGCGGCGACCGCUGCAGCCACGAGCUUCUGCCUGAAGAAGACGUUCCGAUGCGCUCUGUCUCGAUCGCGUCGGACGGCUCGGCCCUCGUCGGCGGCAACCACAAGGGCGUCGUCUACGUGUGGACGAUCCAGCCUGGCCUCGCGUUCACCGACCUGCAGCCCAAGACGCGCUUCCAGGCGCACUCGCGGUACUUGAUCCGGGUCCUCGUCUCGCCCGAUACCAAGCAACUCGCGACGUGCUCGGCCGACACGACGAUCAAGAUUUGGACGCCGACGGGCCUGCCGCCAUCGGCCGCCGGCGUCGGCGCGCCGGGCGCACCAGGGGCGGCGAGCGGAGGAGGGAUCGCAGACGGGACUGGGUUUCAGCUCGACAAGGUGCUGCAGGGGCAUCAGCGGUGGGUGUGGGACAUGGCGUACAGCGCAGACUCGGCGUACCUCGUCAGCGCAUCGAGCGAUCACACGGCGCGGCUUUGGGAGCUCUCGAGCGGGACGACCGUGCGGCAAUACUCGGCGCACCACAAGGCGUGCACGUGCGUCGCGCUCAACGACAGCUCGGCUUGA